GGAUACAGAGACUGGUAGAGUGAUGUUUGCAGCAUCAUUGAAUUGAGGACGCAAGACUCUAGAGAGGAUCUGAAAAAUUAUCUCCGCCAACAUAACGCAGCAAAACAUCUCGGUCGUAGGGCUUGAAUGUAGCCUCGUCUGUCCUACUGGUGACUUGUUUUUUUUUUUUUAUUAGUGCUUUGUUUUAGCAGUUAAGUUUUUUUCUGAAAAUCUUUUGGUUCUGUGCUAGUCUCUGCAUCCUUCUCCAUCACCUUUAUAUCAAGUUUGCAUGUGUAUAUAUAGUGCGGUGGGGGUAGGGAGGCAUACAGUCUCAAGAGCAGCAGGAUCAGAAGGAUAUGUGGGUACAACCUGAGGCAGCCGGCGGUGAUCCAGAAGGUGCUUGAGUAUGCGGCUUGUGAUCUGUGAACUGAGCACAGCUCUGGAAUGGGCUGCACGACCAGUGUCGUUCUCUUCGAAGGGCUUCGUACCGUCCUCGAGCGCAAUUGUGGAUAUAUCUGCAAGAGUCAACCAGAUCAGAAUGCACUGGAGCAAGCAACACAGCUUCUGAGCAGGGGAGACUCCGGGACAUGGGUGCACUCGGCCCUGGCAAAACCGAAACUCAUUGAGCCAUUAGAUUAUGAGAAUGUCAUUGUACAGAGGAAAACGCAGAUUUUUAGCGAUGCCUUACGGGAUAUGCUGCAGUUUCCUAUGGAUGAUUUCCAGAUAUCAACACUGAAACGACAAGGUAGAACACUUUUCUCUACUGUACCGGAAAAUGCAGAAAAGGAGGCUCAGACCUUAUUUGUUCAAGAGUGUAUCAAGACAUAUAACUCAGACUGGCAUGUUGUUAAUUAUAAGUAUGAAGAUUACUCAGGAGACUUUCGACAGCUUCCAAAUAAAAUAUCAAGACCUGAAAAGCUGCCUGUCCAUGUGUUUGAAGUUGAUGAAGAAGUAGAAAAAGAUGAAGAUACGGCCUCCCUGGGUUCCCAGAAGGGUGGGGUAACAAAACAUGGAUGGCUUUACAAAGGCAACAUGAACAGUGCAAUCAGUGUAACCAUGAGGUCUUUCAAAAGAAGAUAUUUCCAUCUGACACAGCUUGGUGAUGGAUCGUAUAAUCUUAAUUUCUAUAAGGAUGAAAAGCUUGCUAGAGAACCCAAAGGGUCAAUAUUUCUUGAUUCCUGCAUGGGUGUAGUCCAGAAUAACAAAGUGCGCCGUUUUGCCUUUGAGCUCAAAAUGCAAGAUAAGAGCAGUUAUCUUUUGGCAGCAGACAGUGAGGUUGAAAUGGAGGAAUGGAUUACAACCUUGAACAAAAUCCUUCAGAGCAACUUUGAAGCUGUCAUGCAGGAGAAAAGAAAUGGGGAGUCACAUGAUGAUGAUGAAUUAAGCAAAGCAGAUAAUUCAUCAUCCAGUUUGGAUAGCUUUCUUCCAGACAUUGCCAAGAGUGUAAGAGAAACUGAAUUCAAGGCAAAAAGUGAAAGCCGACUGAAGCUUUUCCUUCUGGAUCCAGAUACACAAAAACUUGACUUCUCAGGGAUUGAGCCAGAUGUAAAGCAAUUUGAAGAAAAGUUUGGGAAACGAGUUUUAGUGAAAUGCAAUGACUUGUCUUUUAAUCUUCAAACCUGUAUUGCUGAAAAUGAAGAAGGGCCCACAACAAAUGUGGAGCCUUUCUUUGUUACUCUGUCACUCUUUGACAUCCAAAGCAACUGCAAGAUUUCAGCAGACUUUCAUGUUGAUCUAAAUAAUCCAUCUGUGAGGCAGAUGAUACCAAGUGCUUCCACCCAACACAUGAAUGGUGAGGCAGCCGUGGGAUGCCAGAGGGUGUUUAAUGGUCUUCCCGAGAGUCUGUUGCAGUACCCCAAACAGGGUAUAUUCUCAGUAAUGUCUCCACAUCCUGAUAUCUUCCUGGUGGCUAGAAUUGAAAAAGUGCUACAGGGAAGCAUCACACAUUGUGCUGAACCAUAUACAAAAAGUAGUGAUUCCAUAAAGGCUGCUCAGAAGGUGCUUAAAAAUGCUAAAGUUGCAUGUAGCAGGCUAGGACAGUACAGGAUGCCAUUUGCAUGGGCUGCAAGGCCUUUAUUUAAAGAUACACAGGGAACUCUGGACAAAGCCAACAGAUUUUCUGCACUCUAUAGACAGGACAGCAAUAAGCUUUCCAAUGAAGACAUGUUGAAACUACUAACAGAUUUCAGAAAACCUGAGAAGAUGUCCAAGCUCCCAGUUAUCUUGGGAAAUCUGGAUGUCACCAUUGAUAAUGUGGCUCCUGAUUUAACAAAUUGUGUUACCUCUUCAUACAUUCCAGUCAAGCAGUUUGAGACCAAUGGCAAAAUGAAUAUCAUGUUUGAAGUAGAGGAGUUUGUUCCCUACCUGCCUAAAUAUUCUCAGCCAUUUACCAUUUACAACAAUCACCUCUAUGUUUACCCUAAGCACUUGAAGUAUGAUAACCAGAAAUCUUUUGCAAAGGCAAGGAACGUUGCAGUCUGUGUUGAGUUCAGAGAUACUGAUGAAGAAGAUGCACAAUCACUAAAGUGCAUCUACGGUAGACCAGGUGGACCCACUCUUACAAAAAGUGCAUUUGCUGCAGUUUUGCAUCACCAGCAAAACCCAGAAUUCUAUGAUGAGAUUAAAAUUGAGCUUCCAACCCAACUCAAUGAAAAGCAUCACUUGCUCUUCACAUUCUACCAUGUCAGCUGUGAUAAUACCACCAAAGGAAGUACAAAGAAAAAAGAUGUGGUCGAAACUCAAGUUGGGUACUCUUGGAUCCCCUUACUAAAAGAUGGCCGAGUGCUUAUGAAUGAGAAUCACACCAUCCCAGUAUCUGCAAAUUUACCACCUGGUUAUCUGUGCUCUCAGGAUUUGGGGAUAAGCAAGCAUUCGGGUCCAGAAAUUAAAUGGGUUGAUGGAGGAAAACCCUUGUUUAAAAUUGGAACUCACUUUGUAUCUACAAUUUACACUCAGGAUCAGCACUUGAACAAUUUUUUCCAGUACUGUCAAAAGACAGAAUCAGUAUCAGAGGCCCCAGGAGUUGAAUUGGUUAAAUACUUGAAGAGUUUACAUGCCAUGGAGGAUCAUGUGAUGAUCAAAUUCCUGCCAACGAUCUUAAAUCAGAUGUUUCGAGUGCUAACUAAGGCCACACAGGAGGAUGUUGCAGUCAAUGUCACAAGAGUUAUGAUUCACGUUGUAUCCCAGUGCCAUGAGGAAGGUCUAGAGCACUACCUGCGGUCAUACAUAAAGUAUGUAUUUAAAACUGAGCCCUACAAUGCUACCUUCUCUAAAACCGUGCAUGAUGAACUGACCAAAGCAAUGACUGCCAUCCUGAAGCCAUCAGCCGAUUUCCUCACCAGUAACAAGCUACUUAAGUAUUCAUGGUUUUUCUUUGAAGCUCUGAUAAAGUCAAUGGCCCAGUAUUUAAUAGAUAGUGCUAAAGUCAAGUUGUCCAGGAACCAGCGAUUCUCCGCUUCUUUUCACCAUGCCGUGGAGACUCUAGUUAACAUGCUGAUGCCCCAUAUUACUCAGAAAUACAAAGAGAGUUUGGAAGUGGCAAGAAAUGCAAAUCAUAGCCUUGCAGUUUUUAUUAAGAGAUGUUUCACUUUCAUGGACAGGGGGUUUGUUUUCAAACAAAUAAAUAAUUAUAUAAGCUGUUUCAGCCCAGGAGAUCCAAAGACACUUUUUGAGUUUAAGUUUGAGUUUCUUCGUGUUGUUUCAAACCAUGAACAUUACAUUCCCUUAAAUCUUCCCAUGCCAUUUGGGAAAGGAAGAAUCCAGAGGUUUCAAGCCUUUCUUUCACCAAAUGUGGAGUCACAUGAUACUCCUGUAGACCUCCAGCUGGAUUACUCAUUGACAGAUGACUUCUGUAAAAAUCAUUUCUUGGUUGGUCUCCUCCUGCGUGAAACAGGCAGUGCACUUCAAGAGUUCCGAGAAGUCCGCCAGAUUGCAAUUAGUGUACUGAAAAGCUUAAUGAUGAAGCAUAGUUUUGAUGACAGAUAUGCAUCAAAGAGCCAGCAAGCGCGACUAGCCACUCUAUACUUACCACUGCUAGGAUUGUUGCAAGAAAAUGUGCAUCGCAUCAAUGUGAAAGAAGUCUCUCCUUUCCCAGUGAACAAUUCAAAUCAGAACACAAAAGAGGACUCUGUUGGAAAUUCUCAGUCAACUCCUCAGAAACAGCCAAGCCAUGCUGACAGCAGUCUACACAAAGAUGUUUUUGGGGUUAUCUCUGGUACAGCAUCUCCUCACACAUCCUCUACGCCGAACAUAAAUUCUGUACGACAUGCAGACUCUAGAGGAUCCCUCAUUAGCACUGACUCUGGCAACAGUUUACCUGAAAAAAACUGUGACAAGAGCAACUCCCUGGACAAGAAUCAACAGAGCUUGGCUCUUGGUGGCACUUUAGUUCGCUGUGACAAAUUGGACCAGUCAGAAAUAAAGAAUCUGCUAAUGUGUUUCCUCUACAUUCUAAAGAGCAUGUCUGAAGAUGCCUUGUUUACAUUUUGGAAUAAGGCCACAGCAGCUGAACUUAUGGAUUUCUUCCGUGUCACUGAAGUUUGCCUUCACCAGUUCAGAUAUAUGGGAAAGAGAUAUAUUGCAAGGAACCAGGAGGGGGUGGGACCCAUAGCACAUGAACGGAAAUCUCAGACUUUGCCUGUAUCCCGUAACAGAGCAGGAAUGAUGCAUGCCAGAUUACAACAGCUGAGCAGCCUGGAUAACUCUUUCACUUUUAAUCACAGUUAUAGUCAUUCAGAUGCAGAUGUUCUUCAUCAGUCAUUGCUGGAAGCCAACAUCGCUACAGAAGUCUGCCUAACUGUUCUAGACACACUGAGCUUAUUCUCAAUGGUAUUCAAGCAACAACUUUGUGCUGAUCAUGGACAUAAUCCAUUAAUGAAGAAAGUCUUUGAUGUCUAUCUCACCUUCCUUCGUAUCAAUCAGUCCGAAAUGGCACUUAAGCAGGUCUUUACUUCAUUGAGAACAUUUAUUUACAAGUUCCCAUGCACAUUUUUUGAAGGACGAGCAGAUAUGUGUGCUGCUUUUUGCUAUGAAAUCCUUAAGUGCUGUAACUCGAAGCUGAGUACAAUCAGAAGUGAUGCUGCACACCUUCUCUAUUUUCUUAUGAAAUCAAAUUUUGAUUACACUGGAAAGAAGUCCUUUGUAAGAACACACCUCCAGGUGGUUAUCGCAGUCAGCCAGUUGAUUGCUGAUGUUAUUGGAAUCGGUGGAACAAGGUUCCAGCAGUCCCUGUCCAUCAUAAAUAACUGUGCCAACAGUGACAAGACAGUUAAGAACACAGCAUUCCCUUCAGAUGUCAAAGAUUUGACGAAGCGAAUCCGUACUGUGUUGAUGGCUACAGCUCAGAUGAAGGAGCAUGAAAAUGAUCCAGAAAUGCUUGUCGAUUUGCAGUACAGUCUGGCCAAAUCCUAUGCCAGUACACCAGAGCUCCGAAAAACCUGGUUAGACAGCAUGGCAAGAAUUCAUGUGAAAAAUGGCGAUCUUUCUGAAGCAGCAAUGUGCUAUGUACAUGUGGCAGCUCUGGUGGCUGAAUAUCUUCGAAGGAAAGGAAUGUUUAAACAAGGCUGCUCAACCUUCCGGGUGAUUACACCAAAUAUCGAUGAGGAGGCAUCUAUGAUGGAAGAUGUUGGAAUGCAGGAUGUACAUUUCAAUGAGGAUGUUUUAAUGGAGCUACUUGAACAGUGUGCGGAUGGUUUGUGGAAAGCUGAAAGAUAUGAGCUGAUUGCUGAUAUUUAUAAGCUUAUUAUUCCUAUUUAUGAAAAACGUAGAGAUUUUGAGAAACUUUCCCACUUGUAUGACACACUGCACCGGGCCUACAGCAAAGUGACAGAAGUUAUGCAUACAGGAAAACGGCUUCUUGGAACAUACUUUAGAGUGGCCUUCUUUGGACAGGGUUUCUUUGAAGAUGAGGAUGGCAAGGAAUACAUAUACAAGGAACCUAAAUUUACACCCCUAUCUGAAAUCUCACAACGGCUUCUUAAACUGUACUCUGACAAGUUCGGUCAAGAAAAUGUGAAAAUGAUCCAGGAUUCAGGAAGGGUUAAUCCAAAAGAUUUGGACUCCAAAUAUGCCUACAUCCAAGUUACUCAUGUAACUCCUUUCCUUGAGGAGAAAGAACUUGUUGACAGAAAAACAGAUUUUGAGAAGUGCCACAAUAUUCGCCGUUUUGUGUUUGAAAUGCCCUUCACAGUUUCAGGAAAGAAGCAGGGUGGUGUGGAAGAGCAAUGCAAGAGAAGAACAGUUCUUACCACUACUCACUGCUUUCCCUAUGUAAAAAAACGCAUUGCAGUCAUGUACCAGCAUCAUACAGAUUUGAAUCCUAUUGAGGUAGCCAUUGAUGAAAUGAGCAAGAAGGUGGCUGAACUAAAGCAGCUUUGUUCUUCCUCUGAUGUUGAUAUGAUAAAACUACAGCUGAAGUUACAGGGCAGUGUGAGUGUGCAGGUCAAUGCUGGUCCUUUGGCAUAUGCAAGAGUUUUCCUAAGUGACAGCAGCACAAAGAGAUACGCUGACAACAAAGUGAAACAGCUCAAAGAAGUAUUUAGACAGUUUGUGGAAGCUUGUGGUCAAGGCUUAGGAAUAAAUGAACGGCUAAUUAAAGAAGAUCAGCUUGAAUAUCAGGAAGAAAUGAAAGCCAAUUACAGGGAAAUGGUUAAAGAGCUUUCUGAAAUUAUGCAUGAACAGAUUCCAGGAGCAGAAGAUGGGAUGAAGAGCAGCGUGAUGCCCAACUCCCUUCAUAUAUUCAAUGCAAUCAGUGGAACUCCAACCAGCACCACUAUCCACGGGAUGCCUAGUUCCUCAUCGGUGGUGUAAAAAGGUUACACAAAACUUUGAAAUAAGAGCCAUUUUUGUUAUUUCUUUAUUUGUGUUUACUUAUUGUUUGCACACUCAGGUUUUCUCCAAAGCUAAGUAUUGGGCACGUGCAAGCAAUUCCUUGGGAGUGAGACUACCAAGCAGUCAGACCUCCACCUUGCCAGCUCUUUCUGUGUGUCUUGUUUAGAGGACCUAUUGCAUUUUUUUUUUAAUACCAGUUUGCUGAAAUCUGUAUUGUUCUGUACAUAAUUAAAUGUAACAUCAUGUUAAAUAUGGAUUUUUUUAAACUUUGAAAAGCAUUGUACAGCAGGAAAAAAAAGGGUAUUUUAAGAAUUUAGUAGAAAUAAGCUUUUUAUUUGAAUGCUACACUGUAUAUUUUACUUAUUGAGCAGUAACUGUAUUGAGUUCUUGUGUAGUGUUUCCUGUGGAGACUUCAGAAUGUGGAUUUUAAGCAAGAACACUUUAUGCAUGUACUUGUUCUAAUAUAUGGAACAAGUCUUUUGUAUUAAUGGACGUCAGAAAUCUUGUCCAUACUUUUCUAUGUAUCGAAAUGUAUUAUAUAAAUGUCUAUUCUUAAAAACAAUAGUAAACUUUGGGGGAUGUAUUCAUGAACAUUCAUUGCACUCGAGGUAUAUUGGUCUUCAAGUAUUGUUCAUGGCUGAGUUCAUAGCUCUUCCUGUAAAUGAAAAUAUUAGAUUUCUACAUGUAAAAUGGUCUUAUUAUAAAAUAUCUCUUUAAGAAGAAUUUUAAUGCUUGAGCCAUUAAUUGUGUUAGACAUAUCUGUAACAAAAAUAGAUACAGUCAAGGCACAAGUAGUCGUGAAAGCCGUUGUCCGUUCUUGUUUCUGAAUGAGUGCAAUAUGUGUCUUCAGCUGGCAGUCUGUUCUUUGUUUUUGGGAUUGAUACACUGUAUACAUAACAUUCAUCCUUUGCCAAAGUGAUGGAGUAAGUAAUUGGAAAACAGCACCAUACCAUUGAAACUGGUGAACAGAAUUUUAAAUCAUUUUAUUGUUCUUUUAAAUUCAUUAAUUUUAUAUUUUAAAGUUUAUUUAACUGAUACAUUCUGUAUGUAAAUUGUUACCUAUUGCAUCUGUUUAAAUUAAAAGUUGCUGCGUUCUCAAA